UGAUAGGGUUUAAAAUAAAAUUGCACAAGCACAGCCUCCGUCGUCCCCCUGUAACCUCUGGCCGGAGCUCCUCAACAAAUAGCCUCCGCCCUCUUCAGCCCUUUGACGCCUCAACCUCCAGCGAAUAGCUGCCACUCGUCGUCUUACCACCACCUCCGGUCACCUUUCCAAUCCCAGGUGUCGGUUCCACCACUCCUAAUCUCUCUCAAUCUUCCAGCUAUGGCUAAACCUAAGUACGCCAAUAAACGAGCAUUCAGCCGUUCGACCACAAACGAAGUUUCCAAGAAGAAUAUGAAUAAACGCGCCAGAAGAAAUCGUCACGCUGAACAAGAGCCUGCUCCGGAUCAUCCUUCGUCUUCGACUGAUUCAGGCGCUUCAAUUGACGAACUCUCGAAUGCGGCUUCAGAAGAUGAACAAGAAGAGGUGCAUGUUUACAAAGAACCAACAAUGUAUGAUAAUUUGUUAAAGACACUUGGGUCAGCUAGUGAAUCAAUUGCUAAUGCUUACAAGAGGAGACAGCGCGACGAAGAAGGGAAAAGUGACACGGAUGAAGACAUUGAAAAUGAUGUUGAAUCUUUAAGUGGUUCAGAAGAAGACGAAGAUGAGUCUGAAAACGAUAUUGAAAGUGACGCUUUGGACACAAAUGAUGUACAAGGAGAGGAUGAGAUUGAGUAUGAGGAUGGGGAUGGGGAUGAGGAUGGGGAUGAGGAUGAGGAUGGGGAUGGGGAUGAUGAUGAUGAUGAUGAUGGAGAAGAAGAAGUUGCAGGAAAUAAAUCAGAAGGCUCAAGUUCAUUCUCCGCUCACCUGGACUACGAAUUAUCAAAAGAAGAGAUUGAAAAUCUUCCAACAAAAAAAAUGAAAUAUAAACACAGGCUAGAGGCAGCUAACUGCAAGUGGGCAGCAACUAGAGAACUGAAUUUAGAGGAUUCCUACUCAAAGUCUCCGUAUGGUCUAAAUAUGAAGUUAUACGACCACUGGUUGAAUAGUUACACAGCAUCUGGAGGGCAGGAUCUUCAUUCAUCACGACAGAGAUCGUUCUUCUCUCUUUGCAACAGUUAUCGGGAUAUAUUACACCACAAUAAAAAGCCGUUUUAUCUUAAAGGAAGAGAAGAAGAUUCAAAUAUCAUGGAUGCCUACUUGUUACAUUCGCUAAAUCACAUAUUUAAAACAAGAGACCUUGUAACAAAGAACGACAAAACGAUGGCAAAGCAAAAAGAGUCUAAGGGUGAGGAAGUUUUGAACAGUGAGAAGUUUGUUGACCAAGGAUUUACUCGUCCCAAGGUUUUGAUCAUAUUGCCAUACAGAAGCAUUGCAUUCCGAGUAAUUAAUAGGCUGAUCCAGCUGACCCCUGAAGGGCAUAAGGUUAAUGUUGACCACGUUGACCGAUUCUCCGAUGAAUAUGGGAGUGGACAGUCUGACGACCAAGAGGACGAAGAUGUUAGAACCAAAUCAUGGAAAAAGUCAAAGCCAUUAGACUACCAGGCACUUCUUGGAGCGAAUAAUAAUGAUCGUUUCAUGAUCGGCAUCAAGUUUACCAAGAAGACCGUAAAACUGUACAGUGAUUUUUAUACCUCGGACAUGAUUGUUGCAUCUCCUCUUGGGUUGAUCGAUAAAAUUGAGACUGCUGUAGUAGAAAAGGAAAAAGAUGUGGAUUAUUUGUCUUCUAUUGAGGUGCUGAUUAUCGACCAUGCAGAUGUUAUAUUAAUGCAGAAUUGGGAUCAUGUGCCUCCUGUUAUUGAGCAGUUGAAUCAUAUACCAUCAAAGCAACAUGGAACCGAUAUAAUGCGUAUACGACCAUGGUAUCUUGAUGGACAAGCUCGGUUUUAUCGGCAGUCAAUUGUUUUAGCAUCUCAUGUACAUCCAGAUAUUAACAAUCUGUUCAACAAUUACUGUCUCAACUAUGAAGGAAAGGUGAAUUUGUUGCGUGAACACGAAGGUGUUCUUCCGAAGGUCUUGCUUCAAGUGACACAGAUUUACGAGCGUAUCGAUGAUACCGAAUUAAGUGCUCCUGAUGCCCGCCUUGAGUACUUCAAGAAAAAGGUCUUCCCAAAAAUAAAAGAUUCUGUCCAGGGCGGGAUUAUGAUAUUAAUUAAUUCUGUCUUGGAGCUUGUUGGGGUCCGGAAGUUUUUGAAGUCACAAGAUGCAUCCUUCUGUGUGUGUGAUGAGGACACAGAAAGACCUGAUAUAUCUCGUGCACGCGCUUGGUUCUUUCAAGGUAAAAAGAAGAUCAUGUUGUACACUGAGAGAGCCCACUUCUACUACAGAUACAAGAUUCGCGGAAUUCAGAAUUUGAUAAUUUAUUCGAUUCCCGAGAGGAAAGAGUUCUAUCCUGAGAUCGUUAACAUGCUUGACGGAUCACAUAGCAUGAACUGCACAGUACUCUUCUCUCGCUCUGAUCGUCUCCGGUUGGAGAGAGUUGUUGGUACCGGCCCGGCCAAACGCAUGGUGACAUCAGAUAAGCGUAUAUUUACUUUCUGUUGAAUUAACCGCUGACAAUGAAAUAUAAUUUAAGAACUUGCAUACUCAUUAUGGUCAUUUUGUAGAAUCCAUGGUGACAUCAAAUACUUAAUAUGGUCUUUUUUGUAGAACGGCAAUAGGGUCUUUCAAAUGGAAUUUAUUCUUUAUUGAUUUUAUUCGGUACCCUUAGGCCUUAACAUCAUGGUACGGUAUUAUGUUAUUGCGACAUUUUUUUAA